AUGAAGGCUGCGCGGAUUGUCCUGCGAAACGCGGCUCCUUUGGCGGCUGCUGCUGGUAAUGGUGGCGGGGCCGGAGCCGAAACAACCAAAGAGGUGGAACGCUUAUCGCGUUUCUCUCCGUCGCCGCUUUCUAUCAAACAGUUCCUGGAUUUCGGUUCAACAAAUGCAUGUGAGAAAACCUCAUUCUCAUUCCUUCGGCAUGAACUUCCAGUUCGGCUAGCAAAUAUUUUGAAAGAAAUUGAUCUCCUUCCUAGUCUAUUAUUGGAUACAAGUUCAGUACAGUUAGUAAAGGAUUGGUAUAUUCAAAGCCUACUGGAACUAGUGGAAUUUCAAGAUAAAAAAUCGGAUGACCACAAAGCUCUUUCAGAUUUCAUAGAUGCCAUUACUAAGAUCCGAAACAGACAUCACAGUGUAAUGCCCAUGAUGGCACAAGGGGUAUUAGAAUACAGAGAUUCCUCUAAAAUGGAUUCAUGCAUCAAUCACAAUAUUCAGUACUUCUUGGAUCGAUUUUACAUGAACCGGAUAUCUAUUCGAAUGUUAAUAAACCAGCACACAUUUAUAUUUGAUAGCAGUAAUGUGUGUAACCCACGGCAUAUUGGAUGCAUUGAUCCUUGCUGUGAUGUUGUGGAUCUGGUGUAUGAUGCUUUUCAGAGUUCUCAGAUGCUUUGUGAUCAACACUAUUUUGCUUCUCCAGAGUUAAAGCUUACUCAAAUAAAUGCAAAAGCACCUGGAGAGCCUAUUUACAUGGUAUAUGUACCUUCUCAUCUCUUUCAUAUGCUGUUUGAACUGUUCAAGAAUGCCAUGAGAGCAACAGUUGAACAUCAGGAAAAAAAACCUUCCCUUGAUCCAAUUGAGGUGACUGUUGUACUUGGAAAAGAAGACCUAACUAUUAAGGUUUCUGACAGAGGUGGUGGAGUUCCAGUGAGGAUAAUCGAAAAACUCUUCAGCUAUACUUAUUCUACAGCACCAAAGCCUGUGAUGGAUAGCAAAAAUACUGCUAUGGCUGGAUUUGGUUAUGGAUUACCAAUUUCUCGACUUUAUGCUAAAUACUUUCACGGAGAUCUCAAUCUGUACUCUAUUUCGGGGUAUGGAACAGACGCUGUUAUCCACUUAAAGGCACUUUCUGCAGAAUCUGUAGAGAAACUUCCUGUUUUCAAUAAAUCUGCAUGUAAACAUUAUCAGACCUCAGUAGAAGCAGAUGAUUGGUGUGUUCCUAGGCAAAAAACAAAUUUGUCAACACAGAACAUUGUUGUGUGAAGAUUACAUUUGUCUGACACAUUGAGAUGGGAUCAAAUCAGUUUCAGAAGGGAUUAAUGAAGUAAAUUACUUGAAGUCACUACUGUUCAAUACGAAGACUUGGGUGAAAAAAUAUAUAUUGAAUGGAUUCCACAACACAAUGUAUAAAUGCUAUGUUUGUGCAAUGUAAACUAUUAGAAGAAUCACAGGGAUAGAGUAAUACACAUAUUGGUCUUCUUGAAGUCUAGAUUAACACUCCAAAUGUUUGCAGAUAUCUAUGUUUUGGUAUGUUCAAAAAUGGCAUGUUUUGUGUGAAUAUCAACACAAAAUAAUAUUUUUUUUCUUAUAAGAGUUACUUAUAUGUCAUAUUUACAGCCUGUGAGAAAGUCUAGUUGAACAUUACUUUGUUACAAAGCAUAAUCUUAAAAAGAGAUAUGAUAUAAUGGUGAAUUCCAAAUACUUAACUUUACUUGAAUUUUCACAAAUUGCUAUAUGUGAGCACAAUAUCUUUCAGUUGUUUUUCAAAAUAUUGGAUUUGAAUAUGAAUGGGAAAUAAUCUGAAAAUAUUAAGAAGGUUAUGGGUAUCUAUUAUGAAAGUAUUGAUCAGAAAAAAGUAGCUAUAUGACUUCGUAUAUUGAGGAAAUGGAAAACCAUGAAGGAUUUUCAAAAGAAUUGAAAUGGAUGGGAUUAGGUCAUUCUUUAACUGAAUAGGAUAUGAGGCUAUCAGUAAAAAGAAGCAACUUUUGUUAAUGGAAUUGUUUAUGCAACCAUCAAUUUGGAAUGAUUUCAUAAUAUGGAUUUAGGUUGUAUUUGAUACUUAUUUUGACAGCCUCCUUCUGUCCUUCAAAUAAAAUGCAACUUUAAAAAUGU